AACUGUGGGAUCCCCUCUCCUGCAGCGCUCCGAUCCCCCGCCUCCCUUCCCUCCCCUUCCCCCAUGCAUCAACCAACUGUGGAAUCCCGCCGCCUCCUUCAUCGGUUGUUUGUUGGCUUGGAUUCAUACGCGCCCCCAGUCUCUUUUGAUUCUCUCGACCAGUCGGCGUCGUUCUGGUGCUCGCAGUCUCCUUUUAUUUGCUGCUAAUAAUCAAUCGCCUGUGCUGCUUGCUGCAUAGUGGGGAAGUAUAUGGUUGACUUACUGCUUGCCUCGCCCGUAUCGUCGUCGUGCUGCUACUACCUUUACUCGAUUUCCAUUCUGCCGUGGCGGUGCAAGUAAAUCUGUACCAACCAGUGGUCUGUACACACUGUGCACAUACUUUUAUCCUAACUCAUAAACUGUUGCGACGACCUAUGGUUGAUGGGCAAAUAGACGUCAAUGGCGUGUCAGAAUCUGCCCUUUUGCUACAUGACACCAUUCCAGACUCAUCAGCUACUACCACCAGCAAUGACGAAAUCUACAAGUUUUCAUUUUCUGAAUACCUUAGGGUGCCUGAAUGGACUGCAUGUACUCUGCUGCUAGAUAUCCGCAUUUCUACCAAGUGGCUAUUUUGUUGGAGCAGUAAGAGAAAUUCGAGAAGAAGAAGAAGAUGGAGCCUGACCAGAGUGGCACCGAGCAGACCUCUCCACGUGGGAAUGAUUGGGAAGUCGUGCAACUCACUGCAUCAGCAUACGCAGCUGCACCUGCACCGAGGAGAUCUGAACCUUCUGAGGAGGCUGAAGCUAAGAAAUACGGCACCAAAGGGGAUGAUUCAGCAGCUGCCCUGUUGAUGUCUGGCCAUUUCUCCGUGUCCCAGAGUGAAGUUGAGAGCCUCCUCAUAGGCGCAGACAUCAAAGGACCGCACAAGGAGCUCUGCAGCCAAGAUGCAGUUUCUAACGAGGGUGAUGAAGAGAAAUACCAAGAAACUUGCAAGCAUAAAUUGGAGGGUGACCUACCCAGUAUUCCAUCCUUGGACAAAGGGAAAAAUGUUUCCUUGGGUGAUAUGGAGUUUGAUGAUGGCAAAGCAUUGCAGGGCAUGAGUUUGGUCGGGGAAGAGUCGGUUGGGUUCUCAUCACCUAUUUACAGCUCAAUUGAGGCUGAAAAGGAUUUAGGCCAAUCAGCUACGGAGAGUAGAAAUGAGAAGAAAACUGAGGAGUCAACUCUGCAUAUUGUGAACCCCAAAACCGGUUCAUCAAAGGUCGUUUCAUCUGGUGAACAGAACAAACCUGAUGGUUCAGGCCCACGGGAUGCAUGGUGGAAGAAGAAGAUUUUAUCUCUGUACAAGAAUGCAAAGGAAAGCAACAACUUCUGGCCUAUUGUUGCGGCUGCUGCUGCUGCUGCUGCUGGUUUGGUGGGCCUGGCAUAUUUUGGGCACCGCUGGCAUAAGGGCAAGUUGCAACUUCAGCUGGGGAAACAGCCACCUUCUUGCAACAAGGAGAAAAUCAAUGAUGCAGUUGGACCGUUAAACCGUAUCAAGGACAUCCUUGUUGCUGGCAAUCACCCAAGUCCCGGUAUCCAUGGGCAUGCCCGAGCAAGCGGAAUGUGAUCAGUCUGGUAAACCCAUCAUCGACAUCUGGAUCCAUCCAUAUUGCUCGAGACAUGGGGCCCAAAAUGAAGAGCAUGAGGGCAAAUCUGGAGCAAAAUGUUUCAAGAAGGCUCGAGGAUGUUUGAUGGCUGUGUAAAUUCCAAAACCCCUUUUGGAUAUGUAAAUAUUAUGAGUUUAGUGUGGUUGCCCUUUUCUUUCGGUCAUUUCAUCGAACCUCCAGUGGUUUCCUUCCGCACCGGCAUCAACUGCUGUGCUGUGUACCCACCAUGCAUAUUAACUGUGUCUGUCUUGUUUGGGGUUGCUCAUGCAUAUGAAUUAUGAUGACUACGGUCUGGUAUUCCUA